AUGUCAGACUGCAGUCCUCUCCCUCCUGAUAUCACCUCUUUAGAAACCAGUAAUGACCCUUCACACACUCAAUCGUAUACUGAACUUGCAUUGCCUACUGCCUCUACUUUUGUAUCUACGGAAGACUCGCAUGACGCUCGUCUAGUUGCCAUGUCUGCUCUUUCGCUUUUAGAAGAAGAUGCACGUCCAAGUUGUCGAGAUGGAUAUCAACGCAAGCAUGGUAACCAAGGUCCAAAUACUUCAUUGUGGAAAACACACAAGAAACACUUUUUUAUUCUGAGUGCAUCGGGGAAACCUAUUUACACUAGAUAUGGUGACGAAACAAAGCUGGCAUCGUUUAUGGGUGUCAUUCAGGCCAUUAUCUCGUACUAUGCAGAUGAGGAUGAUUCAAUCAGGAGUGUUUGUGCUGGCGGACAUUUGUUUGUCUUUCAUGUGCGUGGACCUUUGUAUCUUGUAGCAGUAUCCUCUACUGGAGAGAGCGAGUACCAGUUAAGGAAACAGUUGGACAUGCUGUUUGAUCAAAUCACUCUUACUCUCACAGCACUGCAACUGGAUCGUAUUUUUAAACAGCGAGUAAACUAUGAUUUACGCAAUUUGAUAUGGGGAACGGAGAUUUUUAUGGACACUUUGUGUAAAUCAUUUCAACGGGACUCGUCGAUUUUUUUAGAGUCAAUGCAAUGCACUCGAAUCCCAUCCCGUCUUAGAGAUCGUCUGACCCAGGCAUUAAUCGAUGCAGCACCUCCAAAAGAUCUUUUAUUUGGUUUGCUCUUUGCAAAAGAUAGACUGGUCACUUUGCUAAGGCCGCGAAACUAUACCCUCCAUCCAAAAGAUAUAUAUUUGCUUGUAAAUAUGAUCAUGUCAUCUUCUACGUUUCGAACUGUACAAUCGUGGACUCCAGUGUGCUUGCCUCAUUUUAACAAUCGUGGGUUUUUGCACACAUAUGUAUGCUUUAUCACGUCCGAUUUGUGUCUGGCGCUCAUGUCAACAGACAAUAGUGCAUUUUUUUCUCAGAGUGAAUAUAAACAGCGCAUAGUUCAUGCUUUCAAUUCCAAUGGUAUCAUACCUGCUUUAGAUGCAGCGAUCCAUGUGCGUGAUUUUAGUGUUUUUGAAUUAGGUAUUUCAGAACUGCGACACUUUAUUAUCAAAUCACGGACAAUGGGACAAUUUGUUGAGCCACAGCCAAUCGCUCCUUAUACACGUAGUCAGGAUCGCAAGCGACUACAGCGAUUGUAUCAAUAUGCACUCGAGCUUGGCAGUCUGCGACCUACUAUAUCUAAUGUUUCGUGUUUUUCUACCCAUCACGAAACCGUAGUAUAUCAAGCAACGUCUACCAUGGAGAUCUACGCAGCGUUUGGACCUAUAGUAAAAAAGGAUAUAGUCGUGUCGGCUCUUGUUGAGCUAAAAAAGUGGGCAAAGCGAAAUGAUGAAACACUUUUUAUGAAGUCAAGCCCACUAUUAUUUUGAGCAAUAAUGAUACAUUUCUAUUGUCACGCAUCAUGGUUUUUAGAAUAUAUAGCUGGUGAUAGUUUAAACAGUAAAUCUUCAAGUAUAAAGUACAGCCAUGUUCACGUAAAAUAAAAUACUAAUAAGGAUGUCUGCAUAACAGACAGCCAGUCUGAUCAAA